AUGGGGAAUCACAGGGACCAGGUACGGCGCGUGAUCAGUGACUAUCUUGCGGGCUUGGACCAGUCGUUGCAACGCCUCAAUCUCGAUAUACACGGCAACCCCGAGCUUGCCUAUGAGGAGCACUACGCGCAUGACACUAUAAGUACAUUUCUGGGACAGCUGGAUGUAGUGGUUACUCGCAGUGCGUACGGGCUAGCCACCUGCUUUGAGGCGACCGGUGGCUCCGGGGGACGCUGCGUCAACUUCAAUGCCGAGCUCGACGCCUUGCCAGGGAUCGGACAUGCAUGCGGGCAUAAUCUCAUUGCCACCGCUAGCGUGGCAGCCUUCCUCGCCCUGAGACACGCCAUUGCGGAGUUUGCGGUGCAGGGUCGAGUUCAACUGCUGGGGACCCCUGCCGAAGAGGAUGGCGGAGGGAAAAUCGGUCUGCUAAAGGCGGGCGCUUACGAGAAGGCCGAUGUAUCGCUGAUGGUGCACCCCAUGGCCGAGUCCAGCUUCCGUGACCGCGGUGUAGUUGGCGCCGCUGGCCAAAGGUCCAUUGCUUGCCUCGAUCUGGUGUGCACGUAUACCGGAGUAAGCGCCCAUGCAGGAGCUAAUCCUUGGGAGGGUGUAAAUGCACUGGACGCCUUUGUCACAGCAUACAUGAACAUCUCUGCUCUGCGUCAGCAGAUACAGCCGCAGGAUAGGAUUCAUGGGACAAUUCUGGAGGCUCCUCAAAUUACCAAUGCGAUACCUGAGAAGACAGUGGCGAAGUUCUCUGUUCGAAGCACCACCAUGAGUAGCCUGGCGCGUCUUGCUGAGCGUGUACGCCUCUGCUUGGAGGCUGGAGCCCUGGCCACGGGGUGUCAUGCUGCUUUCGAGGAUACCCCAGCAUACGCGGACCUGCGCGUAAACGAACAUCUGUGUGCGGAGUACCGCCGGUCUAUGCAGGAGCAGGGAGAGACGCUAUUGCGCGUGGAGGAUGAUGUUAUGACGGGGUCGACCGACCAGGGGAAUGUUAGCCAUGCCAUGCCGGCCCUCCAUGGUAUCAUUGGCAUCCCAGUUCCAAACGGCGCCCAGAACCACACUCACGAGUUCUGCGUGGCCUCGGGGCAGCUGGCUGCCUACAAAAUCAUGCUGAAAGCUGCUGCAGCUAUGGCCAUGACGGGCUGGGCAUUCUUAACAGAUGACUUGUUUUAUGCGAGGGUGGAAAAGGCGCACGAGUAG